UAAGACGCGCGGCGCGGCCACCUCGGGUUGCGUCGGUGUCUUCUGCGGCGUCCUCUGCUGCCCUCGGAGUCCUCGGAGCCCUCGAAGCCGAGACCGGAACGCGCUCUCGGGAGUCAUGGAGAUGAAGGCUGUGUGCGUGCUGAAGGGCCAGGGCCCGGUGGAGGGCACCAUCCGCUUCGUACAGAAGGGAAGUGGCCCUGUUGUGGUGUCAGGAACCAUCAGGGGACUGACCGAAGGCGAGCACGGAUUUCACGUCCAUCAGUUUGGAGAUAAUACACAAGGCUGUACCAGUGCAGGUCCUCACUUUAAUCCUCUAUCCAAAAAACACGGCGGGCCACAAGAUCAAGAGAGGCAUGUUGGAGACCUUGGCAAUGUAACUGCCGGCACGGACGGUGUGGCCAAUGUGUUUAUAGAAGACUCUCUGAUCGCGCUCUCAGGAGACCAUUCCAUCAUUGGCCGCACGAUGGUGGUCCACGAGAAACAAGAUGACUUGGGCAAAGGUGGAAAUGAAGAAAGUACGCAAACGGGAAAUGCCGGGAGUCGUUUGGCGUGUGGUGUCAUUGGGAUCGCCAAGUAAAUAUUCCCUAGGAUGCGAUCUGAGUCCCAGUAACUCCUAUGUUAUCUUGCUCGUUGUAGAAAUUUAACAUUAAACACUGUAACUUUAGAAGUGUAAUUCGUGUGACUUUUUUUUUAAUUGCUUUAAAUACCUGUAAUGAGAACUGAUUUAUGAUCACUUGGAAGAUUUGUAUGAUUUUAUAAAACUCAUAUUCAGUUAAAAUGUGUUUCAACGAUCUCUGUAUUUUGCCAGGUAUAAUAAUCAUAUGGGUAUUAAACUUAAUUGUCUGAAUUUCAAUUCUCAUUCAAGCCCGCAAUAGCCAAAUACACCAUAUGGCACUGAAGGAAGUCUGAACCUACUAAAGUAUCCAAAUUGAAACUCAGUUAGCUCGACACCCCUACAUAGAGCUGCAGUGAAUUGAACAGAUUUAGUGGUAUGUUGACAGGUAUCACAUGGUUCAUAGAGGUCACUUUUCAAAGUGUUUUAAAUGAUGUUUAAAUUUUUAGCAGCCGGUCUUUUAGCUAAGACUAACCUCAACUUAAAUCUUGGACAAAUGCCUUUUGUCAGCUUCAGGGAAAUUAGGAUGGUUUCUCUGAUUAGCUACUUAAAUUUUGAUUCAGUAAGAUUAAAUUACCUACCUGCCAAAAUAGCACGUACUGCACUCCAUACACAGGGGAAUAUUUAUCUCAUUUGUACUGAUCUGCUUCCAGACUAGCUGUUUAAAGAAGUAAUGCCAUAGCAUUUUAAGGCAGCAUCAAGGGAAUGUUCAAAUGUGGGUUACGUCUAAGGAUUUAUACAUCAAAUUAGUAAACUUAAGUCUAGUUCUCUAAUCGUAAGUACUUACUAUGUACCUGAGAAACUGCUUUUAUGUGAAUGUUAACCUAAUUCAGAUUUGACUCGAGCAUAGUUGUUUAUUGACUGAAAAUUGUAGAGAAUAUUAUCUCUAAUAAACCAUAAAUAAG